AGAAGUAGCAACACGAAGCUCGCCGCACAACCCGGCACAGCGGCCAGGUAGUCACUUCGGCCGGUUUACCGAACACGUCGGUUCGGAAGCGUCGAUCUGAGGGAACGCCUCUUUCAUCAUCCGGCGAGUCAACAGCCACACAGCUCCCCCCUCUUAAGACUGUCCCUGGAGCCAAGGCCAGACCCAGCAAGAAAGCUCGUGUAGAUAAACCGUCCGACGACCAUGUGGUUGUUGAACCGGAGAGAACUCCAGAACUGGAAAGAACCAAUGUUGAUGCCAUAGUUGAUGAUCCACCCCCUCAAGACCAUGAUUUUGUUGAACCAGUAGAAGUUAACCCAACAGGUCAUACUGAUAAACCGGCAAGCCCGGUCCCAACUGAUGAUAGACCUUCAAGUCCAUCUAAGGCUGCUGAUGAAUCGUCAACUCUAGUAAAGGCUGCUGGUGACAAGGAAGAUGAUGUUAUAAUUACUGGUGUUGGCCACACCACCCCUGGCAAUCUUGUUGCAUUAUCAGAGCAUAGUGCUAAGGAGGAACUCUCUGCUAUGGGCAAAGGCAAGUGGAGCACAAACUUGUCAAGCUACGCCCACCUCAACGCCCAAGAACUUCAUUCUGGUUUCUUAAACCGUCUGUACACAAACCGUGACUACGAAGCCGGUUUAGUGAAUCUGAUGAAGGAGCGAUAUGAGGCUGAGCUGAGCAAAAAGGAAGCCCAAACCGCUGACCUUCAACAAAAUAUCAAAACCCAGCAAGCAGAGACCUUCAAAGCCAAAGAAGAAUUAACCAGUGCGUUAGCAUCUAUGGAGAAGCUGAAGGAAACUUUGAAGAAGGAACAGGCAGACUGGGGCAUAGAGAAAGCCGCUUUACAAAAGAGAGCCGAAGACGCAGAGGCAACCCUUAAACCGGUGGUCGAAGAGCUGACCAGUUUAAAGCGGCAGAUCAAUGCCAUGACCUCUGCUGUUUUUGGAACUCGCAUUACCCAUCUAGUCUUUGACAUGCGGAUGAAGCUGAAGGCUGCCUAUACACUGAUUGAGCAGUUAUAUUCCGGAGCUCAACAGGCCAUUUGCACCGCUACGCAUAAUAAACCGCCUCCAACCUUACUAAAAGAGACCAUUGAGAAGCUGUCUAUGCUGCCCGCCCGGUUGGAUGAACUAAAAAGAUCAGCAGCCAGGUCAGGUGCGCUGACCGCACUAAUCCGGGCGAAGGCAUGGAUACCAGAUCUUGAACCGUCAGAUAUAGGCAGCGGCUACCCUGGCGUGAAGGAGGACGGCUCAAAAUUUAACAAUGACGAUCUUCAAAGGUUGACAAGGGAAAUGCGCCCCAUAGCGAGCAAAUUGGCUGAUGAAACAGAUCUCUCUCAUUAUCAGCCGGUUUAUGAUUCUGAUCAGGAAAGAUAUCCUGCGCCAACACAUGAUGUAGAAGAUCUUGUUCCGACAAUCCGUAAGCACACCUAUGCCCCUGAUGUUGACCCCUCAAACCUUAUAAGUGAUGAAACUGUAUUUCAAGCCUUAACUGGAAUCGAUUGGGAAACCAUUGACUUCCAGCCACUGGGUAGAGAGGAGGAAGAUGCACCAGCGCAGGACGAUCCACAACCGUCAACUCAGCCUGGUGACGAGUCAUGAUCCGGAGGCCGGUUUAGCGUUCGGCGCACUACCACCUUUGCCGAAAUAAUUAUUCUUUUGGGCAUUAAAACACUUCGUAAUAGGCUAGUUGAAAACACUUGGUCUGCUAUGCCAUCGUGCAUACUUAUUUUUCCUGAUACCGUGAAUCCACCAUGCUUUAGGAGAUAUUAUGUUUCAUAACCCGUAGUGGUGUUUAUUCAAAUUAUUCCCGCAUACAAUAAGUUUGAAAGUGUCCUAGCGGUUUACCGCUGGACAUGUCAUGAUGCCCAAAUAUA